AUGGCAAGCGACAACAAAUCAUCCCAUGUCGAACUUGACCACUAUGGCUCGACAAAAUCACCACAGGGAUCGAAAAAGGAGUUGUUGGGCAAGGGAGAAGAAGAGGAAGCCGCGGUGCCCGAUGGCUCAGGAGAUGAAGAAGAGUAUCCAUCGAUGUGGAAACUGAUUCCCAUCAUGGUGGGACUUUGUUGUUCCGUUUUCUGUAUGGCCCUGGACAACACAAUCGUCGCGACGGCGAUUCCAAAAAUCACCUCUGAAUUCGAUUCACUUGCUGAUAUGGGCUGGUAUGGCAGCGCUUACAUGUUAACCACAUGUGCGGUGACCCUCAUUUUCGGCAAGCUUUACACCUAUUACUCAAUCAAAUGGACAUUUAUGACGGCCUUGGCCUUGUUCGAACUUGGAUCCCUGGUCUGCGGUGUUACCCCAACCUCAACUGGCUUGAUCAUUGGGCGAGCUCUCGCUGGUGUAGGAGCUGGAGGCCUGUUUUCAGGCGCCAUGCUUGUCAUUGCUACCCUUGUGCCUUUGCGAAAGCGCCCGAUCUAUACUGGAAUUCUUGGGGCUAUAUUUGGAAUUUCUAGCGUGGCUGGGCCGUUGCUAGGAGGCGCUCUUACAGAUCAUGCGACGUGGAGGUGGUGUUUCUACAUCAACCUCCCAUUUGGAGCCGUCACAGCCAUUGUAAUUGCACUCUUUUUUCAGGAUAAACCACCCAAGAAAGAAAUCACAAACCGUGAGAAACUGCAAAGCUUGGAUUUGAUUGGCACAGCUAUUUUCUUACCCACUAUCGUUUGUCUCCUUCUCGCCUUACAAUGGGGAGGUCAGAAAUAUCCCUGGUCAAAUGUGCGGAUUAUCGUCCUAUUUGUGUUAUUUGGGGUGGGUCUCUGCGUCUGGCUCUACGUUCAGCAUGUAAGGCAAGAUCUAGCGACAGUACCCCCUCGAAUCGUCAAGAAUCGCAACGUGUGGGGAGCGCUGGCCUAUAACACCUGCCUCGGCGGCGCAUUCUUCGUCUCGGUCUACUAUCUGCCCCUCUGGUUCCAGGGAAUUAAGGGGGCCAGUGCUACUACCUCUGGCGUCAUGAACCUCCCAUUGAUUUUAGGAGUCACUAUCUUUGCAAUGGUUUCAGCCGUGCUCGUGACGGUUUCUGGAUACUAUAAUCCUUUCAUGCUGGCUGCGACUGUACUCUUCAGCAUCGGCAAUGGCCUCCUCACAACACUGGAGCCUAAUUCCGGUCCCGCCAAGUGGAUAGGUUAUCAAGCUAUGACUGGGAUUGGAGCAGGCAUGGGUAUGCAGCUGCCAACUAUCGUUGUGCAGGCAGCGGUGCAGGAAGCUGAUAUCCCCGUUGCGACUACAUUGGUCGUAUUCAGCCAAUCCCUCUCCGGUGCGAUUUUUAUUUCCAUUGCCCAAAAUGUCUUCCAGAAUCGUCUGCUUGCAAAUAUCCGGAAAUUGGCGCCGAUGCUUGACCCAGCAGAGGUUGUUCAAGCUGGAGCAACAAAGCUACGGGAGGCUUUCCCUGAAAACCUCCAUGUGGUUCUACAAGCGUACAACAAUGCUGUCACCCAGUCGUUCUACAUCGCAGUCGCAAUGAGUGCGCUUUCGAUAUUCGGGGCUUUGUGCCUCCAAUGGAUUUCGGUGAAAAAGAAGCAGGUGACGACGGCUCUUUGA